AGUAUUGAUCCCUCCUCAGAAUCUACGUAGAUUAUGGACAGACCCUAAGAGGGUUCGGUUCGUUGAUCGAGUGAUCAAAUACACCGCAAAAUACGCAGUAUAAUUGAAGCUACAGCACCGUGUUCUAUUAUUCUCUGCCAUAGCCAGUUUCUAUUCAUUGAAUCGAAUGCCGCCUUCAAUGAGUUAAUCAACAAACAGAAGGUGAGUCUGCAAGUUGUACUCUCGCAAUUCAGCAGUAGCUAAGAUGAGUCUGACAUUAUCAAUUCAUCACUCUCACUUGAACAAUCUGAUUUAUUCUACGUUGAAUUGUGAUCCGUUUUAUCUUAUCAUCGUUGACCCACUAUGAAGGCACCAACUCUAAUCAAGACCGCACUCUUGUUCAGAAUCUCACAGAUGAAGGAGAGUGGCAGAAAGUUUCCGCAGGUCAUCGCUGGGUUGGCUGCGUCCGGCGGUGCCCUGGCGGCCGGUACCUUCCUCGGGUGGACAGCUCCGGCGGAGAUUCCACUGGUACAGAAGCACGAAUACGGAUUCCCCAUCAGUGCGGAGGACUUUUCCUGGAUCGGGUCGAUAUCCAACGUGGGUGCAGCGGUGGUGUGCUUUCCCAUCGGAAUACUGAUGAAGUCGGUUGGGAGGAAGUGGGCCAUGCUGUCGAUGGUUCUGCCGUUACUGAUUGGGUGGAUGCUGAUCGUGUUUGCGAAUAAUGUGACGAUGCUGAUGGCAGGGCGGUUCUUGCUGGGAGCUGGAGGUGGUGCGUUCUGUAUCGCUGCGCCGACUUAUACGGCUGAGAUCGCCGAGCCGUCGAUUCGGGGCACGCUGGGUACGUUUUGUGAGCUGAUGAUUACGGUUGGUAUCCUGUUUGUGUAUGCUGUGGAAGCGGUUGGAAGUGUUCGGAUGCUGAGUGCCAUUUGCGGUGCGAUCCCGAUUGUGUUUGGGGCGAUCUUCUUCUUCAUGCCCGAGAGUCCUUAUUACUUCAUCGAAAAGGACCGUGAAACUGAUGCUGCCAGAUCACUCAAAUGGUUGCGUGGCCACCUCUAUAAUGAGAUUGAAGAGAUUGAAGAACUGAAAGCAGAAGAAGCUAAAUCGCGAAGUGACAAGAUAACCAUCCUCCAAUGUCUCCAACAGCGAGCCACCAUCAAAGCGCUGAUAAUCUCUCUGGGAUUGAUGUUCUUCCAGCAACUGUCCGGAAUCAACGCCGUCAUCUUCUACGCAACAACAAUUUUCGACGAUGCCAACACUGGAUUGGAAGCGUCAACUGCGACGAUCAUCAUUGGAAUCAUCCAGAUGGUGGCCACCCUGUUGGCAACGUUAAUCGUUGACCGGGUCGGACGUCAAAUCUUACUCUUAGCGUCCGACUUCUUCAUGGCCCUUUCCACCAUCGCUCUUGCGGGGUACUUUCAGCUCAAGGAAUGCAACGAAACUCAGGUGGAGAACCUGGGAUGGCUUCCAGUUCUGGCACUGUGUCUGUUUAUCGCCAUGUUCUCCAUCCGUUACGGCCCGAUUCCAUGGCUGAUGGUAGGGGAGCUGUUUUCGAACAACGUCAAGGCCUACGUCAGCCCGCUGGCCGGAGUGUUCAAUUGGCUGCUUGCUUUCCUCGUAACGAAGGUCUUCACCAAUCUCCGAGACGCGCUGGGCAUCUCCGGGGCUUUUUGGCUGUUCUCUGGAAUAUCCCUGGUUGGAACUGCUUUUGUGUUCGUCGUCGUACCAGAAACCAAGGGUAUCUCUCUGUUUGAGAUACAGCGAAUGUUGUCCAGACACAUUGUGUAAGUUCAGAUAUAAACAAAGUUGACGAGAUUUCGCCAAACCAGUUAACUAGUUCUAGCACUAAGGGGACGAUGUUAUGAGAAUAGCGCAAUUUUAGCCCAUGUUUCAAUGCAAAUUAGGUAGAAUAGUAUCUUUCCUAGGGUUGUUUGACUAAUUACAAAGCACAUGUGUAUUUCCCUUGUAGGAUGAUUUUCACUUUCGAUUUCUUAUAUAAUGGUCACGGUAUUUUGUUUUUUUUUUUCUGGUCAUCCGUUGGUCAUUCAUUGAUCUCCCGCGUGAUAGUUUGCAGUAUUGUUCUUUGAUGGACCAUAUGUUAUUGCCUCAUCGGGAGCAAUGAAGCUGUGGCGGGGUUUCUCAUCCUAACAUCCCUUCACUCGUGAACCUGGAUGAAGUCCUGUAUCCUCUCUGGAGCCACCAUGUUGUUCACUGAUAUUUACAACGUUACAAUUUAUUGAACUGAUUGGAUCAUCCCAUCCCUAAACUGGAAACCCACAUUCCUUUGAUUUUGACCUUCUAUUGUUCAUUGUUCAGAACGAAGCGCAGAUCUUCUCUAUGAUUCACCGUGUACGUAAACAAUCCUUAUUGGGCAUCCAUUUCAUCUCCAACACCGAUUCCAAAUUCACUCCAUUCUUCAAAGCCAAUUCAUCCAUUUUAUCCCCUGAUUCUGCGCCGAUAGCCGUCGGUACUUCUUCGGAGUUUGAUAGGUAGUUGCGAAGCUCGAAGUUUCCUCUUAAGUGGAGGACUUCUACCGCUACCUGAACCAUCUGAAAGCUGUCCAGCUAGUCGUACACAUUAUAAUACUUGGUAAUAGCGAUCGCAGCUCAUAUCUGGGCAAACAGGUGGAGUCAAACGUUUCAAAAUCCACAGCAAAGAUUUGUGUCUCCUUGGAAGGGUGGUUUCGCCACAGGAAGCAUUGAGACAGCCGACCUAGCUCCCUGAUCUCUGAUCUCCUCAGUUACAGUUGCAGGAAAUUGGUGUAACGAACUCAGCAGAGCUAACAGAGUGUCAGUAAGUCAGGACCAUUCAGCAGCCAUGAGUUGAGAGAAACCCGUUUGCACCUUAGCCUAGGCAUUCCAGAUGAGUUGAACCUUUUGCUUUCUUAGAGGUUGAACCUCUCCUAGGGAGAGAAGCCACAUUCGAUUUUGAUCUGCAUAUUUGAGUUCGGUUUGCGUAACCUUAUGCGUGUAGCCUUUUCGUGCAUAGUCGUAGAUCUGCUCACGGAUGCGUUUAGCUAGCAACGAUUACCCCUUCGUAAGCAUCCGUUCCUUACUUAUAACAUGCCACAACGCCAUCUGUCAGGAAAGUUUAGAUUGUUCAUUCGCCACAGAAGCCCUGUCUCGAAUCUGUCUCCAACCCGUCACGUUGCCUUCUUGAGUAUUGUUUUCGCCCGUAUUUCUUUGUUUUCUUGUUACUUGAGAUUCCGUGAUUCUCCAUGGUGAAUAAAGCCCGUAAUUGCAAGCUUAACCGAUGUUCUUCGCUGGAGGCCUCUACUGUGUGAAGAUUUACGACUGUGGUGUUGCUGCCUCUUUUAUUACGCGUUGCAAGAAAAAUUUGGAUUCUGGGAAAAUUCAAAGCCAACAACCUGGAAAUUUUCCUGCUUAUUGAUCGCAGACAGCUGUGCAAAAACUACAUUGUUUACAUGAUUGACAACCAAACGUCCCUUGAAACGUCUACAAUUUUUUUUUUUUCGCAAACAUGGUAGAAGCUAUGUGAUGGAAAAUUUCAUGAUCUUUGCAUUUGGACGCCACACAGGGAGUCAUGUUUAGUAUCGAGAAUUUUGAGUUCAAUAUUGUCGGAAUCUAUUCAUCACUCAAUCAUCAAAGCUACUAUAGUUGAUGGACGUCCGCGUCCCUUUGCAUAAAUAAUGCUUAACAGAUCAAUGGCAGGUCUAUGGAAGUUCAAAACCUAUGUAGUCAGGAUGCAACUGUUUUCAGGCCUCAAAUGAACUAUAGCAUAUUUAUCUUAAAAGAAUGUAUUUAUUGUUUAAGCCUUUGAACACUUUUCAUAAACUUUCAUACCGAUGGCAGCCAUUAGCUUCGUCCUUGUUUGUGACAGCUGCUUUCUAAUCUCAGAUAUAAUUGAUCAACGCAUACUAUGCAGCUUUUCUUCUACGCGGGGAUAGCCCCAUGCGCGUUAUUUCCGCACCGGAAUCCAAAUUUUUAAAUUCCCGCAUAAUACCGGUUCAUCCAUAAACAGUCCACCCUGAAGAAUACUUGGCUGCACUACUUGGAUUGUUUGCUCCCCCUCGUGAAGUCUCAGCGGUGUACCUAGGCCAAGGUUCUCCAGACCUAUCCGACGGUUUCAUAGCUUACCAUCGAUAGACCUCUCAGGUCCUCCGUAGUCCAAUCACUGGCUGUGUAGCAUACAGCUAACGGCCCUGGCGUGACGUAGAUCAAAUCUACUGGAAUCAUUAUUUCCUUAUGUUUCCAAAUCCACACUUGGGCGACUUGGACUCGUUCCUCUUCAUAUUGCCCAACCACUGAAUGGUUAGUCCUUCUGUUUCUGGCUCUUGUACGACUUCUGCUGCACAGGAACCUCAAAGCUCGCUACAUUCACCACAUUGACUUGCCUUUUCAUAAACAGUCCAAAAGUAUCCCGAUUAGCCAGCGAUUGCUGAUUCUUGAAGGAAACUCACUACAUUUCCAUGGAACCUGGAAGUUCAUCAACCAGCUCCUGCGUCAACAUGGGGUUGGAGACUCAGUUGGAGAGAUUUUGCUGCAACUACGCCGCCCGGACAUGAUUGACUAACUUCCCGAAUGCCAAUCCCUUAAGGAAUUCCUUGGGGAAUCCCUGAAGGAAUUUCUUGAGGAACUUCUAGACGAAUUCCUUCGGUAAUUUCUAGAGGAAUUCAUUGGGGAAUUCCUAGAGGAUUUCCUAGAGCAAUUCCUUAGUAAAUUCCCGAAAGUCUUUUUUUUUUGGAAUUCCUUUAAAAUUUCUGGUGAAUUUCUUGCGGAAUUCCUAGACAAAUAACUUGGAAAAUUUCUAAACAAAUUACUUGGGGAA